AUGACAGCCUUCGAGCAGACGCCAGAGCCACGCGUGGCCGCCACCGACACCAUCGUGCAGCCGCUCAGUCCAGAGGCACAAGUCUCUCGGUCCGAGCCGACGGAACUGCCAGAACUGCCACGGAACAUCAACGGCAUAACAAACGCUGCUGCUGCCGCCCAUUCCCAGACAGGUCCUGGCGCCACAGACGAUCCAUUCAAGCUCAGCUCAGACUAUGCCUACACGCCGCGAAAGAUCAAGGUCAUCACCAUCGGCGCUGGCUUCUCGGGCCUAAUCAUGGCCCACAAGUUCCAGCACCGCUUCCCCGAGAUGCGGGACAUUGUCGAGCACACCAUCUUCGAGGCCUUGCAUGACGUGGGCGGCACCUGGCUGAUGAACAACUACCCGGGCGUCCAAUGCGACGUCCCAGCCCACAUCUACGCCUUCCCCUUUGACCCCAAUCCGAACUGGUCACGUUUCUAUGCCAGCGGCGCCGAGAUCCUGGCCUACAUCAAGGCGACGGUCAAGAAGUGGGACCUGGGCCGCGACAUCCAGCUCAACACGCGCGUCGUCGGCGCCGAGUGGAACGACGAGACGGGGCAGUGGAGAGUGACGGUGGAGCACCAGGGCCGGCGUCGCGACGAGUACUGCCAUGUACUGAUCUCCAGCCAGGGCGUGCUCGUCCACGAGAACUGGCCGAGCAUCCCCGGCCUGCGCGACGGCACCUUCAAGGGCCACGUCACCCACUCGGCGCGCUGGGACCACGGCUACGAUUACUCGCACAAGCGCAUUGCCGUCAUCGGCAACGGCUCUUCGGGCAUUCAGAUCGUGCCGCAGAUGGCCCGGCUCCCGGGCACCGACGUCCAGAAUUUCAUUCGCGGCCCGGCCUGGGUCUACUAUCGCGCACCGCCGUCCAAGCACCUGGGCCGCGACUUGGACGACGACCCGAACCCGGCGUACACCGAGGACGAGAAGAAGCGGUUCCGCGAUCCGGAACAGCACCUCGCCCACCGCAAGGGCAUCGUCUCGCGGAGCAACAAGUCCUUCUACGUCUUCGUCAAAGGCGACAACAACAGGGAGGGCAUGCGCCUCGCCGCCGCGCAGAUGGCCGAGAAGCUGAACCACGACCCGGUUCUCUGCUCCAAGCUCAUCCCCAAGUGGGAGCUCGGCUGCCGCCGCAUCACGCCGGGGCCGGGCUACCUCGAGUCGUUCCUGCGGCCCAACUGCCACCUGACCGACAGCGCCAUCACGCACGUCAGCGAGAGGGCGGUGCACACGGCCGACGGCAGGGCGUACGAGUGCGACGUCGUCGUGUGCGCAACGGGCUUCGACGUGUCGCACCGGCCGCGGUACCCGAUCGUGGGCCGCAACAAGGCGACCGAUCUCGCGACCGAGUGGGCCGACGACCCCAGGUCGUACCUGUCGGUGGCGGUGCCCGAGUACCCCAAUUACUUCCUCAUGAUGGGCCCCAACUGCCUGGGCGGGCACGGGUCGCUGGUCGAGUCGCUCAACUGGACGGGCGAUUACUUUGUCAAGUGGAUCCGCAAGAUGGCGACCGAGGACAUCAAGUACGUGCACCCCAAGCGGCACGUCGCCGAAGCCUUCCUCCGCACGGGCGACGAGGUGCACAAGACACUGGUGUGGACGGGCAGCUGCAGCAGCUGGUACAAGCGCGGCAAGGUCGACGGCCGCGUCACGGCGCUUUUUGGCGGCAGUGCCCACCUGUUCCAGCGAAUCCUGAGCGAGCUCCGGCCCGAGGACUUUGAAAUCGAGUACAACACGGCCAACCCGUUCCGGUUCAUGGGGAACGGCUUCACGGCGUUUGAGAUGGACGAAAAGAGCGACUUGUCGUGGUAUGUCGAGAAGGCCGAGACGCUCAAAGUCGAGGCUUAG